CGCCUUAGCCUAGUCACCAGAAAGCUAGGCAGCUACCGAAAGAAACUGGAGCUGGGAGAGAUACCAGGAGCAGGAGCUCAGAGAGCAACACGUGGAAUUAGUAUUAUUCUUUUGCUCCAAUGUCAUCUUAUCAGCUUUGAAAGAUUUUGAAGUUUGCAAAGUGAAAAACUGACAACCUGAGGGAAAAGGUGAUGCCAUGGCAGCUGUCCCAACCCCUCCACCACACUCAGAAGACCUACUGACCAGCACAUUUAUGAAGAAGAUGAAUACACCAAAUCUGGAACAGGAUGUCAAUGUGGCCGUCAUCGGAGCUGCUAUUGCCGUGGUUUUGGUCACUCUCCUUUCGGUCAUUGUGCUGAUUAUCAUUUACAUGUACAAGAACAAAGGCACCUACCGUACCUACGAACAGCGAGAAACUGAUCCAGAGGGUUCAGUCCAGAUGGAGGAUUUUCCCCACAAAGGCGAGAAAGAAGAGUACUUCAUCUAGAGAACAGGUCACCAGGCUGCUGGCAUGUUUUGGACAUUGAGAUUUAUA